UCCCUCCGGCGAGAGGGCGGGGCCGGAGGCUUCGCUUACUUGUCGCUGCCGCUAGGGAAGGUAAAGCGGUGACGGCGGCAGCGGGAGUGGAGGCUCCCUCAUUAGAGGUGGGAGAACCGGGCAGGGGACUUAUUUAAUAUUUCACCAUUGAACAAAUGUAUGAAAGUUUCUUGCCAAGUUUUGAGAAUUUCUUCGUUGGGACUUUUUAGAAGUUCCUUUUUUGGUGCCAUGUUUUAUGGCUUACAUCAAAAGAGGAGUUUGUCUUCAUGAAGAUUCCUAACAUCGGUAAUGUGAUGAAUAAAUUUGAGAUCCUUGGGGUUGUAGGUGAAGGAGCCUAUGGAGUUGUACUUAAAUGCAGACACAAGGAAACACAUGAAAUUGUGGCAAUCAAGAAAUUCAAGGACAGCGAAGAAAAUGAAGAAGUCAAGGAAACGACUUUACGAGAGCUUAAAAUGCUUCGUACUCUCAAGCAGGAAAACAUUGUGGAGCUGAAGGAAGCCUUUCGUCGGCGAGGGAAACUCUACCUGGUUUUUGAGUAUGUUGAGAAAAAUAUGCUUGAACUGCUGGAAGAAAUGCCCAAUGGAGUGCCACCUGAAAAAGUGAAAAGCUACAUCUACCAACUAAUCAAAGCUAUUCACUGGUGCCACAAGAACGACAUUGUCCACAGGGAUAUAAAGCCUGAAAAUCUCUUAAUUAGCCACAAUGAUGUUCUGAAGCUAUGCGACUUUGGUUUUGCUCGCAAUCUCUCAGAGGGCAAUAAUGCUAAUUACACAGAAUAUGUGGCUACAAGAUGGUACCGAUCCCCAGAACUGCUACUUGGAGCUCCCUAUGGAAAGUCCGUGGACAUGUGGUCAGUAGGCUGUAUUCUUGGGGAGCUUAGCGAUGGACAGCCCUUAUUUCCUGGAGAAAGUGAAAUUGACCAACUCUUCACUAUUCAGAAGGUGCUAGGACCACUUCCAUCUGAGCAGAUGAAGCUCUUCUAUAGUAAUCCUCGUUUCCAUGGGCUCCGGUUUCCGGCUGUUAACCAUCCUCAGUCACUGGAAAGAAGAUACCUUGGAAUUUUAAAUAGUGUUUUGCUUGACCUAAUGAAGAACCUACUGAAGUUGGACCCGGCUGACAGAUACUUGACGGAGCAAUGUUUGAAUCACCCUACGUUUCAAAGCCAGAGACUGUUGGAUCGCUCUCCCUCUCGGUCAACAAAAAGGAAACCUUAUCAUGUGGAAAGCAGCACACUGUCUAACAGGAACCCAUCCAGCAAGGGUGCUGCAUUACAGACUCACCACAGAUCCAACAGCAAGGACAUUCAGAACUUAAGUGUGGUUCUGCCCAGGGCUGAUGAAGGCCUUCCUGCAAAUGAAAGCUUCCUAAAUGGAAACCUUGCUGGAGCUACUCUCAGUCCAAUGCACACCAAAACGUACCAAUCCAGCACCCAACCUGGGUCUUCCAGCAAAGAUCUCACAAACAACAAUCUGCCACACCUUCUCAGCCCCAAAGAAGCCAAGUCUAAAGCAGAAUUUGACUUCAAUAUUGACCCAAAGCCUGCAGAAGGCCCAGGCACAAAGUACCUCAAGUCCAGCACUAGAUCUCAGCAGAACAGGCACUCGUUCAUGGAGAGCUCCCAGAGCAAAGCUGGCACACUGCAGCCUAGUGAGAAGCAGAGUCGGCACAGCUAUAUUGACACCAUUCCCCAGUCCUCCAGGAGUCCAUCUUACAGGGCAAAGGCCAAGAGCCACGGGGCACUGAGUGACUCCAAGUCUGUGAACAACCUGUCAGAAGCCAGACCCCAAAUCACAGAACCGAGUACCAGUAGAUAUUUCCCAUCUAGUUGCCUGGACUUGAACUCUCCCACCAGCCCAACCCCCACUAGGCACAGUGACACGAGAACUUUGCUCAGCCCUUCGGGUAGAAAUAAUCGAAACGAGGGCACCCUGGACUCACGGCGAACCACCACUAGACACUCAAAAACCAUGGAAGAGUUGAAGCUGCCUGAACACAUUGACAGCGGCCAUUCACAUUCGCUAUCUGCACCCCAUGAAUCAUUUUCGUAUGGGCUAGGCUAUACUAGCCCCUUCUCCUCUCAGCAACGCCCUCACAGGCAUUCUAUGUAUGUGACCCGGGACAAAGUGAGAGCUAAAGGACUUGAUGGAAGCUUGAGCAUAGGACAAGGGAUGGCAGCCAGAGCCAACAGCCUGCAGCUCUUAUCUCCACAGCCUGGAGAACAGCUCCCUCCAGAGAUGACUGUGGCGAGACCUUCUGUCAAAGAGUCCUCCCGAGAAAGCACCUCUUCAUUCCACACCCGUCAGAAGUCUGAGGGUGGAGUGUACCAUGACCCACAUUCUGAAGAAGGCGCGGCUCCCAAAGAAAAUAGGCAUCUGUACAAUGAUCCUGUCCCAAGGAGAGUUGGUAGCUUUUAUAGAGUGCCAUCUCCACGACCAGACAAUUCUUUUCAUGAAAAUAAUGUGUCCACUCGAGUUUCUUCUCUGCCAUCUGAUAGCAGUUCUGGUACCAGUCAUUCCAAAAGACAGCCAGGAUUUGAUCCAUGGAAAAGUCCUGAAAAUAUUAGUCAUUCUGAUCAACUCAAAGAAAAGGAGAAGCAAGGUUUUUUCAGGUCAAUGAAAAAGAAAAAGAAGAAAACUCAAACAACAGACUCCACCAACGGGGAGAAUCCAAGCAUCAAGAAAUCCCUCUUUCCUCUUUUUAAUUCAAAGAAUCAUUUAAAGCAUAGUUCUUCUUUGAAAAAGCUUCCUCUAGUCACUUCACCCAUGGUGCCCAACACCGAUAGUCCCGAUCUAUUGACAUUACAAAAAGCCAUUCACCCUUCUAGCACUGCGAGCAGCAGACCAAAGGAGUGGCGACCUGAGAAGCUCUCGGAUCUACAGACCCAGAGUCAACCACUAAAAUCCCUUCGCAAGUUGUUGCAUCUCUCUUCAUCGACCAAUCACCCGGCUUCUACAGAUCCUCGCUUCCAGCCCUUAACAACUCAACAAACCAAAAAUUCCUUCUCAGAAAUGCGGAUUCACCCCCUGAGUCAACCCUCUGGUGGGAGCAGCAACAUCCGGCAGGAAACUACCCCAAAGGGCAGACCAGCCCUUCAGCUGCCAGGUCAGAUGGAUCCUGGCUGGCAUGUGUCCUCUGUGACCAGGAGUGCCACAGAGGGACCUUCCUAUUCUGAACAGCUGGGUGCCAAGAGUGGGCCAAAUGGGCACCCUUAUAACAGAACAAAUCGUUCACGAAUGCCAAAUCUGAAUGAUUUAAAAGAGACAGCCUUGUAAUUUAUGCUGGGAUGGAGGAUGUGUGUUGGGGCGGGGGGUGGGGGAAGACAAGCCAGUUGGGAGGGGAAGGUUCAGGGUGGGUUGGGAAAUGGGUUGGGCCAGGGUAGUAAGCCAGUAUUUUCAGCUUUAUGAAGGUGUGUGCAAUAUUGUGUGUGAGGGGUCCACCUGGCUCCUCACAGCCACAAAUGCUAGUCAGGGAUCUUAGAGCCACGGGAGUUCCUUAGGGAUCAGCACUCCCCACAGGUCUUGUGUGAGAAUGGAUAGAGUGUGCCAUUGAGGAAGAAGAAAUUCUUGCCAGUUUCUCCCCAUUACAUUCCAGCUUUAGUGCAAUCUUUGUUGAACUUGGGGAAGCCGGGGUAUGUCCUGGCAGCAAGGGAUAGAAAAAUUCAUGUUGACCGAUGCCCUUACCACAUUUUUUUUGACUAGACUAAAUGUGGGGUUUAUUGUAAUCUAGGAGUAUCCCUUUGAAGGGUUAGCAGAUGAACUGUAUGUCUUAAAUUGUUUUCUAAGCUUCCAUAUUUGAUAGGAUUUGUAACAUUUAUUUAUAAUUAAUAUUGUACUGUUAUAAUCAUACCUUUUACGUUAAAAUUAAAGUUAUUUUGAGCUGUUUGGAACAUUGUGAAGCAGUGAGACAGCUAUGGUAGUUUCUAUAAAAACUAAACAGUAACAUUUAUAUAUUGCAUCAGGAGUAUUUUAUUCUAUAUAUAUAAAUAUAUAUGGUAAAUAACUGCCUGUUUUAUAAAUAUAUUCAUUUAAAGAAAGUAUCGUUAUGACACUAUCUGCCAUAUUUUUAUACUUUUGUGAUAUGAAGUAAGUAUUAUACUUAUAAUAAAGGGAGUUGAAUUGUGGCUACAUGUGACUGUAACAGUAUGAACUUUGCUCAACUUUUUGGUCCCAGCAGUUGCCUCUAGACAUGAUCCUUGGUAGCAGACAAGUGCAGCAUCUCUUUCCAGGCUCGUAGGAGAAGAGGGUUGGAGAAGCCAGUAAGGAUCCUAGCAGGCCUCACUUCUGUCCUCAGACACUUGGCUCUCUUUUGUGUCCAGGGACAUUAACUCGCACAAUGAGAAAAGGCAGAAGUGGUACUCAUGGGUCUUUACAGAGAAUGUGCUCUUAGCAUUAGUGUUAGAGUGUAGACCAAAGAUUUGCCAGUGAACAUUCCUUGUUGUGAGGUUGUGAGGGGCACCUGUCUGCGGAGCUUGCAAACCAGCUCUCUGCUCCUGAAUGCUGUCCGCCCUCCUGGAGCCUCUUGACUCUAGGUGGGAUAUGAGCCACGUGUAUGGUAUUUCUUCUUCUAAAUGCUUUUUUGUUGUUGUUGUUGUUGUUGCUGCUCUUCUAAUAUAUUUUAAAGGCUCCUGAAGCAAUUCCAGAUGUAGAGAAAAUUGCUAUAUCCUUUUUUCCUUCCUGGGACUGUCCAUUUAUAUCAAGGUCAUCAUGUACACCUGUAUAUACAUUCACUCCAUCCAUCAGAACAGGACUUAUUCUUCCCUCAUUUGAUCACUUUCAACUCCCGAGUUAGUAUCAAGUAUCAUCAAGGCCUCUGGUUAGCAAGCCAGACCUCUGUCUCUGGAACAUCUUUGACAAAAAAAAAAAAAAAAAAAAAACAAAAACAAAAACAAAAACAAAAAAAACAAAAAAACCAAAAAACCCCACCUCAACACCAUCAUCUAUCAAUAGUUGUAGAGUUUUGAAAGUAGUCUCUUAGCAAUAAGACUUUUAGAGAUCACUCCCAUCCCUCAGAGAAGUAACUUUUCAGUAUUUACUACUUGUUCCAGAAUUCUGAGAGUGUCAGUCCCCAAAUAAAGUCAGCUGUCACUGAAAUAUGUUGAGUUACUCUUAACCCUUCCCUGACAUUUUGAGAAUCAUAGCACUGAUGAUUAUGAAGAUUAUAAAUGUCUUAGAUUCUUUGAAGCUUAAAUUGUGUGCAUAUUGCAUAUUUAUAUAAAUACUAUAAUGAUGUGUAUUGAUUAUAUAUAGAGGUCAUUUUAAGGUGCUUUUUAUUUAAUUUUACUAAGUAUAAUAGGCACUAAAAUGAAACUCAACUGGGUACUAUCAUGGAAACAAUUUGAUUCAUUUUGCAUGCUCUUGAGUUCUUUUCCUAUCUUGUUUCUGUUACCAGUUUAGUACUGUUUGGGUAGCUCUGAAUUCUGGCUAUUCCCAGGCAACUCUUUGGUUAUCCAAGUGAGGUAGACCCUCAGCAGUUUUUGCCUGGAUAUAGUGACACUAAAAAGGUGUAUAUUUAACUGUUUGUUUUCAUAUAAGAUCUGUACUUUGUAUCCCCUUGCCCCUUGCCCCCUGCAAACCAGAAACUACAUUUUGUUUCCUCUGGAAAGACUUCUCACUGUGCUGUGUGCUUAAGAACUGCGAGGUCCCAUUGCCAUACUGUGGCAUUCGUGGCUGUCAUCACCAAGGGGCUGGUUUCCCAUGUUGUCAUCUUUGCUAACACUGGGAUCUCAGAUGUUUGCAGAACAUUUAUAUUCAUGAUGGUUCUUUAAAGAAGGGCUAGAAUAAUUGCCUUCUACCUAGAGCAAACUAAUCUUAACUGAUGAAGUCAAUACUUACUUUUCCUACAUUCCCAGAUUUGAGCCAGAAAAUAACUACAAUGUUUUCAACUACUGUUUCUGAGCUAGCUCUUUUAUCCUCUUAGCUCUUGUCUAUUCUGACUUUUCCUUGAUCCUCAAUAAGCUGUAAGUGAAUCUACAAUCCCAUUCAUUUUCUUCCUGCUCACAGUUGGGGGCAGUAACAUUUCCUCUCAGAUCUAAUGAGCCCUCUCUUAGCUUUUAACCGACACUUCCCCCUCUGGUUGGUCAUUCAUUGGCCUCAAAAAGAUGUCAUCCAUGGCAGGAAGGAGUUGACUGAAAGUAUCAAAACCCCCACAUUUUCUUUAGGAGGGGGAAUUGGUGGCACCCAUGUUCUGUUAUCUGCCCUGACAUCCUAAAGGACACAAAAGUUGUGUCCUUAUGACAUACUUUAUGUUAGGAAGUUAUUGCUGAUAUACUUUUGAAAAGAAUCUUGGUUUCACUGUUUUUCCAUUUUCACUUCUCUAUCAAUCCUCUUUUUCUUCUCUGAAGUUCUAAGUAAACCUGACUGAUCUUUGUUUCAGUCUUGACUGAAGUAUAGGACUCUCUCCAGAAUCUAAGACCUGAAGAGAGUGCCCCAUGCCAAGAGGCUUAAGUGAGCUGCCUCUACAGCAGCACUUCUCAGCCAAGGACGGUUUCGUCCCCCAGAGCACAUUUGACAAUGACUGGAGACAUUUGGAUGUCAUGGGCUGCUACCAGCAUCUAAUGGGUAGAGGCCAGGGAUGUUGUUAGGCAUCCCCCAGAGUGUCUCAGCACAUAACUAGUGCCAAAGUUAAGAUUUCCUGCCCAAGACUAUUCCAGGCCAACCACUCUGCAGAAUUUGCCUCUGGCCAUGGACUUUCCAGGCUAGGUAACUGCAGGAGUGCAUUCCUCAACAUCGUAUACUUUUUAAGAGUCCUCCACCACCGUUCUCAAAUCCUUGCAAUCCUAUUGUUCAUUUCUAUUGUCUUGGACCUCCUAAAAGGUGCAUACUUUGGGAGGAAACCAGAGUUACUUUAUAUCUGUUUGAGAACUUCAAUUCUAGGUUAGCAUCCUUAGGAAAUCUUUCUUAGCCAUGAGGCUUAUAUUUAGAAGCAAGCAACAGCCUGGCAGAUUGGCAUGACUUUUACCAACUGCUCAGAGGCAUCAUGGCUUUCAGCUGUGUCUACCGAAAGAAAAUGUCUUUGUUUUUUUUUGUUGUUGUUGUUUGUUGUUGUUUUUGUUUUAUUAUUCAAGUCAUUUAAUAGCGCUUUACAAAUAUUAGCAUAUGGCAGGCCGAUUAGAAGCCAAACUCUUUAUUGGUGGUUGUGAUGUGGCUAUUCUAGAAGUAUCGUGCUGUAUGCUUUGGUUAAAUCUGUUUUAAAACACGCUUUAAAACUCACCAUAUGCAGUCGUAUCCUUUAAUUCUAAGCAGACCUAUGCUGGUCAAGUCUCUAGUCAUGCUGUGUACUAUAAAAGUAUGUUGUGGUUGUAGAGUUAGCCAGUUUAGCAUGUUCCUAAUCAGAAAAUUAGUGGACUCCGCUAGGAAAUGCUAUCCCAUUUCCCCUUCCCAGUACCUCUUAGUUGAUAUCAUAGUGUCCUCACUUAAACUAGUCUUUAGAGUAAAUAAGGGAAAACAAGCCAUUUAUUUUCUUCUAGCCAUGUCUUGAGAAUAACUCAUAUGUGUAGAAUUUUUUUUUUCAAAGGCCAGAGGAUUACUUUUCCAGUAGAAGGCUUGGUCUCAGUGGUCACAGAACUUUCGGCAAAGACAAUAAAUAGCCCAUUGGAAGUCACCGCUGGGGCUCAUCUGGGACUCAGAAAAAAAAAAAAAAACUAUGUAUCUCUUGUGCUCAGAACCUAUGUUCUGGAUGUCAUUGCCUUUUCAUUUAUAAGUUCAUUGCCUACUCCAUUAGAGUUGGCUACUACUGUAUGGAUAUAAAGAUCCACAGAUGCCUACUUCUGUGACCUGGGACUAUGGUGUGUUUCACUAAUCCAAGUCAAAAAACAGUGAGAUAUUUCCUUGCCUCCUUUGUUCAUCACUAAUUAAUAGUUCAUUGAAACUCAUUUAUGGCUUAAGAAAUAGCAGUUCUGGUUUCUUUAAAAGAUAUUGCAGAAAAGACAGUACAAAUGUUAUUAAUCCUCAGGGCCAGACUCUUAGGAGAAGGUCCCUAACAAGUUGUAAAAAGCCAGACUACCAGAAAAUGAGCAAACAAACAAACAAACAAAAAAAUCUAGACUUAUAAAUGAUUAUGGUUUUCUUGUUAGCUGGAAUCUAGAUUUUCUUGAGGCCUGGUUCACCUGAUUAAAAAGUUCAAUCUUAUGCCAGGCGUGGUGGCGCAUGCUUGUAAUCCCAGCACUCAGGGAGGCAGAGGCAGGCAAUUCUCUGUGAGUUCAAGGCCAAUCCUUUCUACAGAGCAAGUCCAGGACAGCCAAGGCUACACAGAGACACCUGUUUCAAAAAUCAGAACAACAAAUAAAAUCAGUGUUAGAAACCAUGAGUGAGGAGCCAUGCAAAAAAAUGAAGCCCCUUAUUGGUCUGUCUACACACAAAGGGAAAAGCCAAGUGGCUGGGAAACUCUGGGCCUAUUGCCCAUGCAAUUCUUUUUUUUUUUUUUUAAUUCAAUGUACUAUACAAGAUGAUAGACUUUGUGCAAACCACUUACUUACAUCAAAUAUUGUUGCCCAUAGUGUUUCGUUAAUUCAUCAACUUUUGGCCUGGUCCCUACUCCACCUUUUUCUUUGUCCAUGACCCACCUUUCUUUCUUUCUUUCUUUCUUUCUUUCUUUCUUUCUUUCUUUCUUUCUUUCUUUACUGUAGGCUGUUAAAUAUGAUCCUGACCUGCCUUGUAUUUUCAUUCAACUGUUUACUCCCACAUUUAAGGGAGGGUUGUCUCUUGUUUUGCCAGAAAAAAAAAUAAAUAAAUAAAAUAAAAUUGUCAUAGUCUGUACAUUGAAUUUGUAGGGCCAGCAGAACUGCAGAGGUGAAACUGGUUUCACUUCUAAGGCCCUUCAUUUCUUACAACGGUAAGCUCUCUCCGCCCCCUUUGAUCCUCGGUCCAGUUGGUCCUCCUUGGGAAUCUGAAAUCAUUCUCGGUGUUGUAUGCAAAUUAGAAGUUGCCUUGUUUGCUGCUCUUCCCAGGCAGAGUAUCAGGGAGAAAGAGGCCUUAUCUGUCCUUCCGUGUCCCUUCCUGUUUGGCAGACCCACUGAGAAUCCCUCAGGACUUCCUUUGGUUGGGAUUUCCCUUCCCAGGCUGAUGGGAUUCACUUCAAGCAUAGACAAGCUUGUCCCGGUGCUGUGCUUCAGGUCUAAUCAGAAGAAACCCAGGAAUCGAAAAAGGUAGAUGCCUUGACUUUUGUCCCUGUUGGGGGAUUAAAGUGUUUAUUGCCAGAAUCAUCAAAAGCUCUGGUCUAACUUGGUAGAGUUUCGUGAGAAAGACAAUGCUUUUCCUUGUGGAAAGUGUACAUUCUCCACACUGGCUUCAGUUUUCCAAAAGUGGAAAGUAAAGCUUGCAGAAAAUCCAUUUUCCCUAGGGAUGAUCAGUGGGUUCCACUUGCCAGUCUCACUCCCUCUUCUUGUUUACUCUUUGAUGACUGAUGGAGUUGGGCUGGGGGAGGAGCAGGCAAUAUGGUGAUAGAAAGAAGGAAAUUCCCACUGUAAACUUGCAUUGAUGAACAGAGACAAUGAAACCAAACAAAACAGUUACCCCAGAGUUCUGUCUCCAAGAAUUGUUUUGUGCCAUUCUGAAUUCAGGUAGUUAUUCUAUAUAUAUAUACAUACUUCGACGAUUAUCAGAGCUUCUUCAAUCUUUCCUAAGUUUGAAGGGGGUAUUCUGGGAAGGCACAGGACAGGGUGACACUGAGACCCCUGUUCAUUCUUAAAAACAGAAAUAGGGAUAAGCCAGAGGGAUAUGCCAUCUGAUGUGUAGUAGAUGAAGAAAUGAGUGGACAUUCUUAAUUGCACAGACUUUAUAAUCCAUUAGAUAAAGUGUAUCCAUACUUUUUACUGUGGCAAGGGUGUGAUGUGGUUGUUAAUCUUUUUAAUUUUUGAAUCUAAACUGAAUUUAAAGUGUUGAGUACUUAAAAUUCCUCACGAGCUAAUUAUGAACCAUUUGUAAAGUGUUUCUAUAACUCUUUGUAUCAUGUGUUGGUACAUCUUAUCAAGUUUUUUCUGGCAUGUAUUCCAUUCUAAACUUCUGUAAAAUUUCUAUUGUUGCUGUACAUAUUCUACAAAUAUCUACUUCGUGGUAACCUUCAUUAACAGCAUGAAAUGGUUAAUUUCUACUGAGCACAAUGUAUUUUUGAAUGGAUCUUCCCACAUGUCUUUAAUAAAAUGCAGAUUUUGCACUGACUGAUGUGACUACCAGGCUUUCCCAAUCUUGAGCACUGUGGUCCUUCUUGCCUUUGAACAGCAAGCAGCUCCAUUUCAGUUCUUUCUUUGUAAAUAAGAAUGUGUUUGAAUUCAAAUGAGGGGCAAUGGUCCUUUGAAGUUGUAAUCAGUUUAGAGGAGAGAAAUUAAUGUAAAGCAAAGCAAAUCCUGUUACUUUUUUUUUUCUAUUUAUAAAGUUCUUUUCCCCUAU